AGCUGACCCGAUAGGUUACAGAAGAGAAGAGGUAGCCAUGGAGAAGAGCAGGUAUGGCUCAUAUUCUCACCAUGGGUUAUUGCUAGCGCUGCUGUUUUUCUUGCUGUUUGAUUUGCCCAUGGCCCGUGUGCAACCUCUGCGGCUAAACAAAGCACAGGAAAGCACCAUGAGAAACCUUUCAAGCAUGGUCUCCGCCAUGGCUCCGUGGAGCCACUGGGACACAACCGACCCGAACCCGUGCCUGUGGAGUGGGGUCACUUGCUCUGUGCCGUCUAACUGCCCUGGUUCAUCUGCAGUUGUGCACCACCUCUCCAUGUCUCGCUUUGGCCUCUCCAACUCCACCGUAAUUGCCUGCUUAUGCUCCCUUGAUACCUUGGAAUCUCUGGAUCUCUCAAAAAACAGGUUCACCGAUCUGCCACGGCAGCUCUCCUCAUGCCCCCUGGGUGCUAGAUUGCGCACGCUCAAUUUGAGCUACUCUCAGUUGCCUGGACCGCUCGGCGACUUCACUGGUUUCCGCAAACUGGAGGUUCUUGAUUUCUCCUUCAGUUUGCUGAGUGGAAAUGUAGACGAACAGUUGAGUUCUUUGCCCAGAUUAAGAAGCUUGAACCUUAGUAACAAUACACUUGGUGGUAGCCUCCCAACAAUUAUGGUCCACUCUUUGAAGGAACUGGUGUUAUCUAGCAACAGCUUCAGUGGCUUGAUACCUAGUGAAAUCACCAUGAAUACCGAGAUGUUGGAUUUGAGUUACAAUAAGCUUAGUGGUGAGAUACCUUCUGAUCUGUUCUUGGCUGCUGGUUUGCAUACCGUUGAUCUCACCGGCAACAGGCUUGAAGGGCACAUCCCGCGAGGAUUCUCUCGCAGCCUCUAUCGCCUUUGUCUCGGAGGGAACUUGCUCAGUGGCAGCAUCCCAGGCUCGAUUGGUGAUGCCUCAAGCUUGUCUUAUCUUGAGCUGAACAAUAACUACUUGGUGGGAGGCAUACCCCGGCAUGUUGGCAGAUGCAGUAAGUUGGCUCUCUUGAAUCUGGCAAGCAACCAGUUGAAUGGUGCAGUGCCCACUGAGAUCGGCAAACUUGAUAGCCUGUCUGUUCUGAAACUCCAAAUAAACAAUUUUGAUGGACAUAUACCAAGAACACUUGUCAAUCUGGUGAACUUGAAUCUACUGAACCUUAGCCAAAACUCAUUUACUGGAGAGAUACCACAUGAAAUUUUCCAGCUACCACGGCUUUCAAACAUAAAUUUGCAAGGCAACAAGAUCACUGGCGUCAUUCCAACUUCAAUCAGUUCACCGCAAUCUCUUAUUGAGCUUCAUCUCGGGGAUAAUGAGCUCACUGGUGUCAUCCCCACAAUGCCGACCAGCUUGAGUGCACUUCUGAAUCUAAGUCACAACCAUCUCAGUGGGUCUAUUCCUUCAAAUAUUGGUGUUUUGAAGGACCUGGAGAUCCUUGAUCUUUCCUACAACGACUUGUCUGGCCCGAUACCAUCCUCGCUCGAAGGUUUGCAAAGCUUGACACAGUUAGUGCUUUCUUAUAAUCAGCUGUCAGGAUCCCUUCCAGCAUUUCGAUCAUCUGUGGCAGUCGAUUCCACAGGAAAUCCAGAUCUUCUUAACAGUACCGCCAACGCUUCAGACGUGAUGACAAGCACCGAAGAUCACAGCUCGGCUAUAUGGAUUGCGGCAGUUUCAUUUGUGGUUGGCUUCGUCAUCUCUUUCUAUGGGGAUGGGAUCAGAAACGGGUGGCUUACAGGUUGAAUGGGCAACUAGCUGAUUAAUUCGUGCUGCAAGCCAAACCCAACGCCAAGCCAUGGAUGCACGUAAUAUUUUUGUGGUUAGGACUAAAGAUAACAAUGCUGUUGUAAUAAGAAAUAAAAACUAAACUACAGUUAUAUUUUUCUCCCUAUAAUUUGUUUUGAAAGGCAUUUUCUCCGCAAAACAGUUGAACUGAAGCAGAGUAUUCAGAUUGUCCUGUGGAACAUGGUUAGGAAGAGUUCGAUUAAGAACACUCAACGAACAACAACGCAUUGGACUUCAAUUAAGAACAAUCGUUCGGUAUUCUCGCAGUUGUAGAUCUUGAACAAUCAAGACUGCAGGCAAGACUGAUCCAGGAGAUGCUUGAAUGUUGGUGCUCUAUUGGCCAAUCAUCCAUUGCAACCUGACACUCGAUGCAGAGGCCGAUUUUUUCCCCUCUUUUUGAGAAAAAAAAAAUCCCCUGCAACCUGAAGCAAUCAGAGGAAUGGUACCUACGACUGCUACGAGCAACGCAGAUCUGCCGUUCGGGGGCACACACGGAAGGCUAAGAAAGGAGGCACCUACCUCAUCCUGCCCGCCGCACGUCGCCGGAUCAGGACGGCGUGAGCACAGCCACGCGGCGUGAGGAGUAGGCGGCGGCAUCGGUGACGAGGGCGGCCGAGGCAGCGGCGCGUAGAGGCAAGGGCGUGGCGGUGGAAAGGAAGGCCGAAAGUGUGCGUGCCACGUGCGGAGUUGGGGUUUCAUACCGGAAUUGGGGAUGACGGAAACCCUAGCCGCCGCCGGACGAGCCGCAGAACUCGCAAGGCGGCGCUGUUCCCUCCCAAACCCAUCCGCCCCACGCACUCCAUCUAUCCUCUUCCGGUGGGGAUGCCAGCCGGAAUCGCCGCCUCGUCGCGGCACUCUCCGGAGAAAAAUCCGUCGGCUAGUAUCGAGCAGGGAGGAUAUGCACCGUAUUGCCCCAGGGUACUGGGCUAGAUGGAUGUCACCUGCAAGAUAGGCGACAAUCCUGGCGGCGAGCUCCCUGAUCUCUCUAUCGCUGCUUCUCCACCCCAGUGUAUCGAUCAGCUUCAGAAUCUUUGGCCUCGAGGGAAGAAGAAGUGAUCUUACAUCUGCAUCCAGCUUAAUGAAGGUGUCGAGCAUCCUUGCCCCCGAGAGAUAGUCUUGCUGUGAUUCAGAGCCCAGCAAGUCGACGGCGUAGUGGAUCAAUUUCCUGCCAUGGAUGGACGCAGGGUCCCGCCAGCAUUUCGCCUGUGUGUCCAAGAGGUACUCUGAGACCGAUCUGCUGCCCCACUUCUCUGGGAACUUGCAUGCUCGUCGCAGAAAAACGACAGGCCACAUCUCCCCAUGAUGGAGCCACAGCCAUAUAAACAAGAAUGCACCUUGGCAGAGAACCAAAGAAUAGAAUAUGUCUAGAGCUGGCAUCAGGUUUGCUUUGCUGCCAUCUCCAUCGUUGCUUCCAUAAUCACGCUGUAUUAUGCGCCACCAUGAGAGGACGACGCAGACAAAAUGCCCAAAAAAGUAGACGAGCUGUAUAAGGUACACUAAGCCCAGGAUCACAAAGAUAACAGGAAGGCAUAGGAUAAAACUCCAUGAAAAUGCAGUGUAGCAACACCGAGGCAGCUCUUUAGCAUCAACUUUCUUCCUAAGAUCCUGAUUGAUUCUCGCCCACCACCCACAAGCGUUGAGCCACAGUUCAAGAAAAUGAGAGGACAGGGUGUCCUCAAAGUCGUUGAAUAUCCUGUGUCGCCAUAGCAAAUGCAUA